AUGCCCGGCAGCUCCCGUAUCCCCGCCAGCUUGCGCGAGGGCUUGAAUCAAGUCAAGCGCAGUCGUCAAGCCACUCCACUUCUGGUGCUGAACCUUGACCUGUUGCGUAACAUCAUCUUCUUCCUCUUCGUCUGGCGAUGGACGCGUAAGGCCUUCCUCAAGCUCAAGGGCCGCGGCCUGAUCGGCAGCAUCGUCGAGCUCUACAUCGAUAUUCGCAGGGUUCUGUACGGCUACUUCCUGCGCGCUCCCGGCGUGCGCGGCCAGGUCCAGAAGCAGAUCAACGAGAGCAUGACGAAGCUUCAGGCCAAGAUGAUUCCUGCGAACCUUACCCGAUACCUUACACUCCCGAAGGAGGGUAUGUCCGAAGACGACGUCCGGAAGGAGCUUGAUACCCUGGCGAACAUGGACCACACGAGAUGGGAGGACGGUUUUGUCUCGGGCGCUGUAUACCAUGGAGAAGAAGAGCUGAUGAAGCUCCAGACGGAGGCCUUCGGCAAGUUCACCGUCGCCAACCCCAUCCACCCCGAUGUCUUCCCUGGCGUGAGGAAGAUGGAGGCCGAGAUUGUCUCCAUGGUGCUCGCCAUGUUCAACGCCCCUCCCGGUGCUGCCGGUGCCACCACCAGUGGUGGGACAGACAGUAUCCUGAUGGCCUGCCUCGGCGCGCGCCAGAGGGGAUACUUCGAGAAGGGUAUCACUGAGCCUGAAAUGAUUCUGCCCGAAACCGCCCACACUGCAUUCCGCAAGGCCGGUGAAUACUUCAAGAUCAAGAUCCACUACGUCGCAUGCCCUGCACCCAACUACCAGGUUGACGUGCGCGCCGUGUCCCGCCUGAUUAACAGCAACACCGUUCUGUUGGUUGGCUCCGCCCCAAACUUCCCCCAUGGUAUCAUCGAUGACAUCAGCGCGCUGUCCAAGCUGGCGCUCAAGAAGAAGCUGUGCCUCCAUGUGGACUGCUGUCUCGGUUCCUUCAUGGUUCCUUUCUUGGACAAGGCUGGCUUUGAGACGGAAUUGUUCGAUUUCCGCCUGAAGGGCGUCACGAGCAUCAGCUGCGACACCCACAAGUACGGGUUCGCACCCAAGGGAAACUCCACUGUUUUGUACAGAUCCGCGGAACUUCGCAAGUAUCAGUACUACGUGUCGCCAGAUUGGUCUGGCGGCGUGUACGGUUCGCCCGGCAUGGCUGGUUCGCGUCCGGGUGCUUUGAUUGCCGGCUGCUGGGCCAGCUUGAUGAAGGUUGGUGAGUCGGGCUACAUUGACGCUUGCGUCAAGAUCGUCGGCACCACGAAAAAGAUUAUUGAGAAGAUUCGUGAGACACCCGCUCUGGACAAUGAAUUGGAGAUCUUGGGCAAGCCUCUCGUCUCUGUUGUUGCUUUCACGGCCAAGAACCUCAACGUUUACGACAUUGCCGACGGCAUGUCAGAGAAGGGUUGGCAUCUGAACGCUCUCCAAAACCCUCCCGCCAUCCACGUCGCUGUCACUCUCCCGAUCACCAAGGUUUACGAGAAGUUGUUGACGGAUCUGGAGGCAGUUGUCGAGGCCGAAAAGGAGAAGGAGAGGGUCCGUGUCGUCGAGGGCAAGGGAGCUAAGGGCAAGGCUAUUGGUGACUCGGCUGCCUUGUACGGUGUUGCUGGAUCGUUGCCGAACAAGAGUGUUGUUGUCGACUUGGCCAACGGCUUCUUGGAUCUGUUGUACAAGGCAUGA